AUUAACAAAAAAAUAAGAAGCUGUUAGUAAAAAAAAAAUAGAAAAAUAAAGUUCCCAUAAUUUGGCCCAUUUUUGGUGUAUUAUGGAAAGUAACGCCUUUGGCAGCAGUCAUAUACCUUCACAAGCAUUGGUUGUUUUAUCGGAGGCUGCUUCCGGUUUGCAUGAGGCCUUAAGAGGCCAACGUCCAUUUCCCUCUAGGUUACCUGACGCCAAAGAUCUCCACAAUAUGUCACUAGUCGGCAGUUAUGGUUCACAUUUGCUGCACAGCUUCCAUCCACAUCUCCUGCAAACCCUAAAUCAUCAUGGCAUGCUGGCCAAUGGCACAGCAGCGGCCGCCAGUUAUUUUGCCAGCGAAAGAGCCGCCUUAGGCAAGCCGUCGGUGUUAUCGAACUUUCAAUUGCCCUCGGCGUUUUCCCCACCAAAAUAUAUAGGCAUUUCAUUGGAUCAGAAUCUUUUCAAUGGCAAUGAUUCAUUUCGCACUGAUUCCGCCAGCCCCACUUGCACAUCACAUGAGUCUUUGGAAGGCUCAAAUGAUUAUGAUGGUGAAAAGGGUGAAAGUCCGCGUAGUAAUGCAUCCGAUCCCAGAGAUUUAAGGCAUGCCCAUAGAAAUGAGAAACCCUCAACAUCAUGUGCCUCCUCUAUGGCCGCUGUAUCAGCAGCCGCCGCUGCUGCUGUAGCCUCUAUAGCUUCCAGUCAAGCUGCCACUUCAGCUACCAACUCUCAUUUGCAUCAUCAUCCACAUCCUCAUCCCCAUCAUGCCCACCAUUUAUCUUCCAUGGCCACACACCAUCAUCAUCAUCACCCCAAUAGCAGUCUAUUGGCUGCCGCCAAUAUGACCCAUAAUUUAGGUCUGGCUGCCCAUGCUGGCCUGCGUCCACCGCCCGGUCAUGUACCCGAUAUGUGUCCGGUGUGUGGCAUUAAAUUGUCGCCCGAAGAAUGGAAUUCACAUUUUCUAACCGAAUUGGAUCGUUUGUAUAAAUUGAGUUCGGGCAUGGAGAGAUCGAAUUUACAAGCUACCUAUAUGUUUGCCCCGCCCUGUCCCUCGCAAGAGAAUGCCAUAAGAACCAGCCAUAAUAGAUGGGAGACCUUCCAACGCAUACGCAACAAUCGCCAAAAUCGCCUGAGAAUCAAGGUGCGCAAACGGAAAUAUGGCGACAUGUAUUUCAUGGAGAAUAUGUUCUGCAAUUCCUGUCCCAUCUGUACGAAACGUAAAUAUGCCAUAGAGACGGGUAAAAUCCUACCGGAGGAUGACAUUAGCAAGGUCCCCGAAGAAAUCGAAACUGUCGAUGUGGAGUCAUGCAAUGAUGAGGUGCCCGAUUCGGGUUCCGAAAUUCAUCACCAACAGCAACAGCAGCAUACACAAGUUCAUCAUGCUCAUAUGCCCGCCUUGAGUGGCAGCAGCAGCCAUAGUAGCAGCCAUAGCAGUUCAAAUGGAGGGGGCGGCGGUGGCAGUGGUGGUAGUAUGGGUGCCAAUCUACAUAAUAGCAAUAGUCAGCCGGGAAAAUUGGAUGGUAUUUUGUAUAGAACAGCGUGUGUUAUGAAUAAGGAGAGUUCGGGGGGUGUGAUGACGACCGGCGAAGAUGAUAUUAGCACAAAUGUGGCCACAACAAGUACGAACAGUAAUAGCAGUUCGGGCAGUACAACAAAUUGGACUGAGGCUCAUGCUUCGAGUAAUGCAACACAUGGACAUAUCUCGGUUAAAAAUGUUAGUGAAUUAUCCUCGACCACUCAUCACUACUACAAUGCAGAUUCUUGCCAUGAGGAGCGACAAGCUAAAGACAUGUCCAUGGAGACCUGUAACAAUGACAGUGAUGAGGAUGUCAUAGUAGAUGAUGAUGAUUCUAUAAAGAUUAAUGCCUACAAUAAAAAACGGAAAUAUGAUGAAGGAACAGUAGGCAGUAGUAGAAUUUUAGAGAAUCCCUCUCCCGUGGAGGAAAGACCCAGAUCAGAGCCCCAAGUAACCAGCACCGAAAGCGGCAUGGAACAUGCUCACAAUAAUAACAACAACAACAAUAAUACUUCCAAAUAUAACGCUUUUGAGGAUUUGAGAAACAAGUGUCAUCAACAGCAGCAGCAACAGCAGCCCAUGGAUACUGAUUCGCCGCCCGGACAUGUGAUAAUGCCAGGAUUAACGCAAUUGGACUCAAAGGUGGGAAAUAGUUCGGAUAUAAAACCGGACAAAGAUGAAAACAAAUGUUUCAUUUGUAAGACAGGUAUAAAGGAUCUAUCCUCCGAAAGUUUUUUGCGUGGUCGUAAUUUCUAUUUCCAUCAAAGUUGUGCAAAUGUCAUGUCCAGUUAUCGUUUGAACAAGGAAUUGCCACAUCAGUCGCAACAGUUAAUGCAGCAACAAAACAAACACAACAAUCAAGAAUCUGAAAUCACCUCAGAGCAUAAACCCCAAAUACAGCAGCCACAAAUCGAUACGGCCUCUCAAAAUGAAAGUUAAA